GCAUUAUCUUUUCACGAGCUGUCAGAAACCUCGAUCAGGUCCACACAGCUAAGCCAACGGGGCCCGAACAUGCUAGAGAACCUCUUUUAAACCAUCACGAGGACAGAGCAAGCUCGGAUCACCGAUCCUCAUCCGAAAGCUCCAACGACCCAAUGCCAGCCCCAGACACCGCACCAAGCUAUCAAGCAUCUACAGCACCUAUCCGCGCUCUCCUGCUCCGCACACUCGAUCAAUGCAGAAUCUUCUUCAACCGGGAACACCGCUCCCCUCACUUCGUAUUCGGCGCCCUAGCCUUCUCCUCAAGAGCAACGCCAUGGCUCGCGAAAUAUUCGUCUUCCAAUACCUCUCUGAGAAGUUCCACUGGGCGCUCAAGGACACCACCGUUCUCCGCCUCGCGCUCUCGCUCGGCGCCGUCCUCACCACGCUCCUCCUCAGGCCUGUAGCAACAGCUAUGCUCAUUCGUCAAAGCGUAGCGACCACGACAAUCGAUCUGGGCACCAUCCGCAUAUCGCUUCUGGUCUUGGUGGUGUGCUUCGUCGUUGCGUGGGCGGGCUGGUUCGGAUGAAAUUUUUUAUCCUCU